UUUUUUUUUUUUUUUUUUUAAACAAGCAUUGUUAUUAGCAAGCUUUUACAUGUUGCUUUGCAGUUCAUCUUCCAGUGGGAAUCAAAAAAUGGAAAUUAUGUAUUAGAAUGCAUUAACCUGGAAGUGUCAUGUGAAGGAAACCAGUCAAACAGAGCUUUUGACAGAUAAUGUCUGUUUUCAAGUUCUGAUUGAACAGAUUCUUCAUGGGUUGUGCUCUUCUGAACCCUCUGCACUUCUGCACAUCGUGAUAAAAAUAGAAUUGAAGUUGGAGGUGUGUCCCUUGUCUUGCUAUAUAUCUUGUUUUUCAGAAUGGAAAAAGGAAGUUGGUACAGAGCACAUGGAGGGUGUAUUACCGCUUUUGAUUUAGUAGUUUUUGUCUUUUGUUUCUCUUCAGAAAAAUACAGUGUUCAUUGUGUGCCUGUAAUUUUACAGGAAACAACUGCAACUUUAAGUAACUGAAAUCGACAGAAUUUCAGAAUGCAUCAUUUCAAGAACAACACCUCCUCCAACCUCUCUCAGAGUAUUUCCAAUGGUACUAUAGAGAUGUUGGGCAGUCCCCUCUUGACUCUUGGAAUGCCAAUUAUCUACCUCCUGGUCUUCAUCAUAAGCACACCCUGCAACCUGGUUUCCCUCUGGAUACUCUCUUGCUACACCACACACAGGAAUCCCACAGUUGUUUUCGCCAUCAACCUCUCGUUUACGGACCUCCUCUACAGUGCCUUCUUACCUCUUCAGGUAGUCUACCACUUGCGCGGGAACGACUGGCCCUUUGGACAAGUCAUGUGCAGUGUGUCCACCUUGGUCUUCUACUGUAAUAUGAACGGCUCCAUUCUGACCACCUGUGCCGUUAGCCUGGAACGUUACUGUGGCAUUGUGCGACCACUGCACACCAAGCACUGGAGGACUGGUAGGAAUGCAGUCCUCAUCUGUUUGUUCAUCUGGGCUUUGGUGCUUUUGGUCCACAUCCCCGUGUUCCACAAAGACAUCACCUUUCCUGUAUUGCAGCUUAAUGUCACUACAUGCUUCGACAUUUUCCCUAGACAUCUUUUCUCAUCGAAGCUCACGGCGUACCUCUACUUUGUCACGGUGCUCUUGUUCUUCUUCAUCCUCCCACUUUUAGUGUUGACUGGCUGUUACAUUUCCAUCAUCAGGAGCCUCUGCCAUUCUCCACACGAUGUCACCAAGGACUCCAAGAAACAGACGAUACUUCUCAUCCUGCUGGUGAUGCUCUGCUUCGUCUUCUGUUACCUGCCCAACAUCUUGAUUCAGAUCAUGCACAUGAUCUACAAUGCCAAGGGGAAGACCUUGUAUGCCUAUUACAAACUUUCUUUGGGCAUAAAUAGUCUGAGCUGCUGCAUUGAUCCUUUUAUCUAUUACUUUGCUUCAAGAGAAUUUCGGCAGAAACUCCAGUGGAAACUGUGCUGUGUAUCUGAAGAGCAUGAAGAGCCAUUAAACUCCAAUUUCUCAGAGCAAAGGAGUCCGUCUGUGAGACAUCCAGACCAAACCAGUACUCUGUUGUAAAAUAAUCUAGGCUUGCUGUUUUAUGUAGGGGGGGUGCUGUGGUGCAGUCGGAUUGGCCAGGUCCUGCUCUCUGGUGGGUCAUGAGGUACAUUAUACACUGUUUUAUGGAGUGUCAGUCCUGCUUUUUAUGAUGCACUGAAGGAGAUAUGAGAACAGGAACUCAUCCUUUAGUGAUGAUGAAUGUUCAUCUGUAUGUGCUACAGUCUUGCCUGUCUGCACCUCUCUACACACCCAGGAACAAACGUUCAAGCUCAUUCACAGCUCUACCUCACUCCAGUGUAUUUUCAUAGGAGCCUCCUGGCAUGAAAUUUCAGGCACCCUAAGCUUUAGCUUUCUGUGCGACUGUUGCUAGCAGUUGCAUAAAUGUGUUAGAUAUAUGCAAAUUUUUAGGUACUCAUAGUUGACUUGGAUGUCAACAUGGGAGGCGAAUGUCAAUUUCAUUUAGAAAUAAGUAUGCAUGAACUCUAGUAAGGGAGAACAAUUACCUAAAAGGAAUCAUGGGUUACGCUAUUCAACCCUGUGAAAAGCAAAAACUGUGAGAAAUCAAGCUCUUAUAGAAGAUCAAUGGGAAUUGAGUAGUAAAUAGAUUACUAGUCUUUUUUUAACCAGUGUGGUAGGUAGGUUCAGUGUUAUUGGCCUGAAGUAUAUAGGUGGUCUCCGAUUUAAGAUGGGGUUACGUU